AUGGCCAAGUCAUCCCGCGCGAGCACGGUCAAGGCAAACAAUCAGAGGCUGAAGGCUAAGGUCUUUGGGCCUGUGGAGGACGCACGCCAGGAACGCCUCUCCGCCAAGCUGCUCGAGAUUGCAUCGCAACCCAAGCCAGUACCCGAGAGAGAGAUGGAUGAUGCAGAAGACAAGGGCGAGGCAGAGCAGAAAGAGGGUACUGCUGCUGAAGAGAAGGCAGAUGACACAGCCAUGGAUGUCGACACUGCCAAAUCCCAGACGAAAUCCAAGAAGGGCAAGGUCGUCAAGAGACGAGGCAGGAAAUCGAAUAUUGUUUUCCCCAAGUACGGCGACCGGAAGACGAUCAGAAAAAAGAGGUGAACUCUCGUUGGCAGUCCAUGAACUGGGGAAGAGCAUCAUUUUUUACUUCGAGGAGCCGAUCUAAACAAAAGGGGUUACAUAAUUCUAGAGGACUGAUUGCUAUUGUUGGAAUGGAGGACGGGCCUGUCACAGAGGAUGUCCGUGAUAUCGAGAAUGGCAGGCGGUAUCGCAACGGGGGGCGAGCCAGCGGCUGUGGACCCCUGUGCCCACCCCCCCAAAGUGGUUUGACAGGGGCUUCCCAGUCGCUAAACCACUGACCACAUGCGAGGCUGACAAGAAGUCUAACUGGCCAACAAACAUAC